AUGUCAGAUUUCAAUAAGUUCAGGUAUUGUUGCUCCUUAAUAAAUAUAAAUAAAUUUCUAUAUGUAGGAAAUUCUUUGGAAAAGGCGUUGAAUAAGAUUGGUCGUGAGGAUAUCGUGAAGAAGUGUAUAUUUAACGUGGAAUUAGUGACUGACGACGUGGAAAAAGCAGUCGCCAGAGUUCGAUUAGAUCAACCUGGAUUCGAUUCUUUGAAAGAAGAAUUGGGACCAUCAAGGGAUACUUCUCUACGACGUGACGCGAAAAUGGAUCCAAAGAUGGAUCCCGACUACGAACUCAAUAGAACUAAGGAUUCGGAAUCCAUGGAAGACCUCAGCAUUACUGGCACUAAACAUGAUACGCCAACGAAACAGCAUGUCACGAUCACAAACGGCACUGUGUUCAACGGAACCUCGACCCCCAUCAAAGAUAAGUACGCGAGCGACGAGAAAGAGCUUGGGGACGUUAUGGCCGAGUUUCUCGAACAGAAGUGUCACGUUGCCGACACGAUGAGUAAAAAGUCACGGGACGAGGUUGACGAGGACGAAAGACGACAGAGGGUGAUCGCGGACGCCAAUCGAAUUGUAUCCGGUGUAAUAGCAGACGCAGAGAAAGAGAAGGGGAAGUUAGCGAAGGAAGGGUGGUCGGUGGUUUGUGAUGAUGAUGAUGCGCGGGACAAUAAAGAGGCAAGAGGUGCUGUAGUUCAAAGUUUCGUUAGGGAUCAGUUGGGUGAGAGGGAGCUUAAGGAUAAGGGGAUUAGAUCGGACAAGCCUGUUAUGGAACAGGCGCAAGGCGUGCCGGUAAUCGAGCCGAUGAUAAUUAAACAGCAUUAUGUUCGCGACGGAAAGGGCGAUGCGAAUGUAACGAUCGUCGCGUCGACAACGGUAGUUACAGUUAGCGACAGUAAAAUGGGCCAGUCACCUGUAGUUACUCAGACCAUUACGGUGAAAGAGGUGGAUCAGAUUUUGCCGAAGGAGACAGUGGCAAUUAAUAAUGGUAAACAGAGUAUUGUAAGUAAAAAAGAACUGUUGUCUAAAGAAGGUAAGGACAUCGACGAAAAGUUAACUGCACCUGUGAUUCCUACGAAAGACGGUACGAAGCAGAUGAUAGGGAAAGUUAAAGAGGCUAAACAAAAUGAUCAGAAACAGCCAGUGGUUAAAGAGACCACUGUUAAACAAAACAUUCCAAAAGAAACGAAACCCAUUACCGAUAAACAAGUGUCUGCUUACGAAGACGUUUAUACUGCUCAGUAUACUUCUACGCAAUCCGAUGAAAAACAGGAGGACGAAGCAAAGAAAUCGAAAGAUAAGAGCGGCGGUAUACUUUCGGGCAUUUUUAAAGGGUCAAAACUUAAAAAGAGUAGAACUGGCUCGAAGGACACCUCGUUUGACAGCGGGGAUGAAGAAGCAAAAGUGGCUCCUGCGCUAGCUGGACAAGAGAUUCAUGAUGAAUUCAAGUACACUGAAAGUGUUACAGCUCCGGACGUAAAAUUAGCUACCAUGCAGUUCUUGGAUGACUCGAGGCGAACUGCUGCGGUUAUGCACCCGGUAUCUGAAGACACGAGCCGACAAGAAACUAAACACGAUACAAAAACGACGACUAAAGAUACACCUGAGAGUGUCGCAGUCGUAACAAGCGAUUCAAGCGAACACGAGAAAGAAAAGGGUGGCACUGGUUUCUUCGGCAUAUUCAAGAGUCCUAAGUCGAAAGAAAAGAAAAUGAAGAAGUCCAAAGACGCAUCAUUCGACAGUGGCGACGAAGAAGUGCGAAUUGCCACCGAGAAAUUGCUGGAUGAUACACGAAAAGUCGCUGAGAAUACGCUCGUUUCUCCGACGUCAAAGGUUGACGAUAAACAACCAGUCAUUAAAGAUGAAGUGCAUACCUUCGCGUCGCAUGUUCAGUACGACGGGGAUAUGCCCAAAGAGAAAUUAAACGGACACUCGUACGAUAUUGCAGAGGUCCAGAGGAAAGCAGAAAUCGACAGAAGUACACCGCAGAAAGAUAUGAACGGAAAGUCGGACAUCAGCAAGCAUAAAGACAUUCGACAGAAAGAACGAAGUUUAGAAAGGCAGGUCGAUAUCAAAAAGGAACGAAUGGAUGAUGAAAAGGAACUGAGUGAAGAAGGCAAAGAUAAAAGCGGUGGUUUCUUCAGCAUGUUCAAGAGUCCGAAACUGAAGAGCAAAAAGAGAAGCGCGUCGAGAGAGAAGAGUUCCUCUAAAGAAACAUCCUUCGAUAGCGGAGAUGAAGAAACACGACAUGUAACAGCCGCCUUCUUAGAGGAAGUCAGGAGAACUGCAGAUAGUAUGCAUCAUGAAGACGAUAUAUCAAAAACUGUCAACGUAGCUGAUGUAGGACCCGCGGAAAAAGACAAGGGAAGCGGCAUUCUUGGCAUGUUCAGAAGUCCGAAACUGUCGAGAGAGUCAAGAAGUAGGUCACGCGAGAAGAGCACCGCACUAGAAGAAGCGGUAAAACCUGUGGACAAAUCAUUACGUGAAAGUACUGCAAAAUUCUUAGAAGAUACACAAAAUAUUGCAAAUGCUACUGUAGAUACUGCGGAUAAAUUGCAUGAAACUGGUAAAUCUCUUACUGACGACUCGAAAGCAGAAACGACGAAAUUGUCGAAAGAAAUUCAGGAAGACACUAAGAAAGCAAAGGAAAAGGGAGGAGGUUUCCUCUCUGGUUUGUUCAAAGGAGCUAAACAUGCAGCUGAGGAGGUUUCCGAAGAUGCCAAAGAGUUUCUUGAUGACACAAAGAAAGAAGCAGCAGAAGAGGAAGCGAAAAUACGAGAAGCAGCGGUCGAGAAGAUAAAGGAUGCCGAGACUGCAAAGGAUACAGCCGUAACUGAUGUGAAAGAUGGUAAAAGCAAAGUUAUCGCUGCAGUGAAGGAUGCUAAAGACACAGUCAGCGAAAAAGUUUCAGACGGAGUUCAGAAACUGUCCGAUGCUGGCAAAGCUGCUGGAGACAAAGUAUCUGACAGUGCUGAACAGGUUCAAGAUAAAACAAAGGCAGUUGUUCAAGAGAUAGACGACGGGGCCAAAGUAACAAAGGAUAAAGUAUCCAAAGAAAUCAAAGAAGAUGUAGAUGUAGUUAAACAGAAAGUUACAUCGGGAAUAGAUGCAGGUGCUGAUGGCGCAGAAGCUACGAAAGACAAAGCUGUUAAGGAAGCUAAGAAAGCGAAGGAAAAAGCUAGUGGCUUCCUCUCUGGUUUAUUCAAAGGAGCCAAACACGCGGCUGAUGAAGUCUCUGAAGACGUCAAGGAAUUCCUCGACGACACGAAGAAAGAAGCAGCGAUAGAGGAAGCGAAAAUACAAGACGCAGCGGCCGAUAAAAUAAAAGAUGCGGAGUCUGCAAAGGAUAAAAUCAUUGGUAGUGUAAAGGAUGGCGCGGACAAGCUUGUUGUAGCUGCAAAGGACACCAAGGACAAAGUGAGUGAUAAGGUUGCUGGCGGUGUUCAGAAGGCGUCCGAUGCUGGGAAAACGGUUGGAGAAAGAGUGUCCGAAGGAGCUAAACAGAUUCAGGAUAAAGCGAAAUCAACAGUUCAGGGUGUGGCUGACGGUACCAUAGCUGCAAAGGACAAAGUAGCCAAGGAAAUUAAAGAGGAUGCUCAUGCCGUAAAAGACAAGAUUUCAUCAAGCGUGGAUGCAGUGGCUGGCGGUGCAGAAGCUACCAAGGAUAAAGUUGCGAAGGAAGCUAAGAAAGCGAAGGAGAAAGGAAGCGGCUUUUUCUCUGGCAUCUUUAAGGGUGCAAAACAUGCUGCUGAAGAAGUUUCCGAAGACGUCAAGGAGUUCCUUGAUGAUACGAAGAAAGAAGCAGCAAAAGAGGAGGAAAAUGUGCGAGAUGCAGCGGCACAAAGGUUGAAAGAUGCCGAGAAAGCAAAGUCUAAAGUUGUGGCUGAUGUAAAAGAUGGCAAAGGAAAAGUUGUUUCUGUAGCGAAGGACGUAAAAGAGAAAUUUAGCGAUAAAGUAUUAGAUGGAGUUCAAAUAGUGUCUGAUGCUGGCAAAGCUGCUGGAGACAAAGUGUCUGAUGGUGCUAAACAAGUUGAAGAUAAAGUAAAAACUACAACUGAAGAUGUAGGUAACAGCAUCAAGGAUGCAAAGGAUAGAGUAUCUAAAGAAGUUAAAGAGGAUACUCAGAUCGUGAGGGAUAAAAUUUCAUCAGGUGUGGAGACAGUUGCUGAUAGUGCAGAAGCGGCAAAAGACAAAGCUGCAAAAGAAGCUAAGAAAGCCAAGGAAAAGGGCAGUAGUUUCCUUUCUGGUUUGUUUAAAGGAGCAAAACAUGCAGCCGACGAAGUUGUCGAGGACGUCAAUGAUUUCUUGGAUGAAACGAAGAAGGAGGCAGCUGAAGAGGAAGCAAAAGCCCGAGAAGCAACAACUGAGAAAAUACAAGAUUUGAAAGCAGCAAAGGACAAGGCAGUAACUGAUCUAAAGGAUAGUACAGACAAAGUUGUUACGGUUUCAAAAAGUGCUAAAGACAAAGUUGGUGACAAAAUAUCCGGCGGUGUGCAGAAGGUAUCUGAUACGGGAAAAGUAAUCGGUGAAAAAUUAUCCGAAGGCACUAAACUGAUCGAAGAUAAAGCAAAGGCUAAGACACAUGACGUUACUGACAGCACCAAAGCUGCAAAGUAUAAAGUUUCCAAGGAAAUUAAGGAUGAGACGGAAGCUUUGAAGAACAAGGUAGCUUCAGGGUUUGAUACAGCUGCUGAUACUGCUGCAGCGGCGAAGGACAAAACUGUAAAGGAAACUAAGAAAGCGAAAGAGAAAGGCAGUGGCUUCCUCUCUGGCUUGUUUAAAGGAGCCAAGCAUGCAGCUGACGAAGUUACUGACGAUGUCAUCCAUUUUGUUGAUGAGACUAAGAAAGAAACAACUGCAGAAGAAGCUAAAGUUCGAAGGGCGGUGGAAGAGAAGUUGAAAGAUGUGGAUAAGGUGAAGGAUGAUGCCGUAGUUGACAUAAAAGAUGUUAAAGAUAAAGUUUCAACUACUGCAAAGGACAUCAAAGAUAAAACCACGGAGAAAGUAUCUGACGGGCUACAGAAGGUAUCCGAAGUUGGUGACGUAGUUGGUGACAAACUGUCAGAUCGCGCUAAAGAAACUAAAGUGAAAGCACAGACGUCUGCGAAAGGUAUUUCUGAUGGUGUCAAAGGAACUGCUGAUAUAGUCACCAAAGAAAUUAAAGACGACGUAGAUGCAGUAAAACACGCCGUUAUUUCUGGAACGGAGACUGUUGCUGAGAGUGCAGAUGCAACGAAGGAUAAAGCUGUAAAGGAAGCUAAGAAAGCCAAAGAAAAGAGCAGCGGAUUUCUUUCUGGUUUAUUUAAAGGUGCCAAGCACGCAGCUGAGGAAGUCACUGAGGAAGUGAAGGAAUUCCUUGAUGAAACGAAGAAGGAGGCGCAAGAAGAGGACACUAAAAUUCGAGAAGCAGUUGCUGACAAAGUGAAAGAUGCCGAAGCUGCAAAAGACAAAGGCAUAGCAAAUGAGACAAAUGCUAAGGAUAAAGUUGCUACUAUUGCCAAAAAUACUAAACACAAAGUUGGUGAAAAAGUGUUUGAGGGAGUGCAGAAAGUAUCUGAUGCAGGUAAAACUGCCACCGAGAAAUUGUCAGAAGGUGCUAAACAGGCUGAAGUUAAAGCUCAAGAGGUUACCCAUAGUGCGAAGGCCGCAAAAGAUAAGGUGUCAAAAGAAAUUAAAGAGGAUGUGGAAAUGGUAAAGCAAAAGGUUAUAUCUGGUGUCGAUGCAGUUGUUGAUGGUGCAGACGCUGCGAAAGACAAAUCUGCAAAAGAAGCUAAGAAAGCUAAAGAAAGAGGCAGUGGCUUCCUUUCUGGUUUGUUCAAAGGUUCAAAACAAGCUGCCGACGAGGUCUCCGAUGACGUCAAGGAUUUCCUUGAUGAAAUGAAGAGGGAAUCAUCAGAGGAGAAGACCAGUGCUGCAGAAGCCGCAACAGAAAAAAUAGAACAAAUCCAGACAACCAAGGACAAUGCAAUAUAUGGUAUCAAAGACACCAAGGAAAAAGUUUCUGAUGCUGCAAAGGACGCUACCAGUAAAGUUAACGAGGCAGUGUCUGAUGGAAUUCAGAAAAUUUCCGACGCUAGUAAUGCUGUGGAAGAAAAAUUGUCAGAAGGUGCUAAACAGGCUGCAGUUAAAGCACAAGCAGCAGCUCAAGAGAUUACCGAUAGUGCAAAGGUCGCAAAAGAUAAGGUGUCAAAGGAAAUUAAAGAAGAUGCAGAAAUGGUGAAGCAAAAUGUUACAUCUGGUGUCGAUGCAGUUGUAGAUGGUGCAGAAGCUGCGAAAGACAAAGCUGCAAAAGAAUCGAAGAAAGCUAAAGAAAGAGGCAGUGGCUUCCUUUCUGGUCUGUUCAAAGGUUCAAAACAAGUUGCCGACGAGGUCUCCGAUAACGUCAAGGAUUUCCUUGUUGAGAUGAAGAGGGAAUCAAAGGAAAAAGUUUCUGAUGCUGCCAAGGAUGCUGCAAGUAAAGUUAACGAGACAGUGUCUGAUGGAGUUCAGAAAAUCACUGAUGCUGGUAAAGCUGUUGGAGAAAAAUUGUCUGAAAGUGCAAAACAGUCUGAAAUCAAAGCACAGGCAGCCACUGACAGCAUUAAGGAUGCAACAGAUAAAGUAUCCAAAGAACUUAAAGAUGGUUCUCGUGCAGUGAAGCAAAAAGUUUCAUCUGGAGUAGACACAGUCGCAGAUACUGCAGAAAGUGCAAAGGAUAAAGCUGUAAAGGAGGGUAAGAAAGCCAAGGAAAAGGGUAGUGGAUUCCUUUCUGGCUUGUUUAAGGGUGUAAAGCAUGCGGCUGAAGAAGUAGCUGAAGACGUUAGUGACUUUGUCGACGAAACGAAGAAAGAAGCCACAGAAGAGGAAGCGAAAAUGCGAGAGGCAGCGGCCAAGAAGAUGAAAGAUGCUGAUACUGCAAAUGAUAAAGUCGUAGCUAGUGUUAAAGAUAGUGCAGAUAAGGUUGUUUCUACUGCAAAGGACACCAAGGAUAAAGUCAGCGAUAAUGUUUCUGUCGGAGUUCACAAAAUAUCCGGCGCUGGGAAAACCGUUGGAGAGAAAGUGUCUGACGGUGCUAAGCACAUACAGGAUAAAACAAAAGCAGCUGCUCUAGAGGUAGCUGAUGGAGCCAAAUCAACAAAGGAUAAAGUAUCCAAAGAAAUUAAAGAAGACGCGGAUGUCGUAAAACAGAAAGUUACAUCAGGAAUAGCUGCUGUUGCUGAUAGCGCCGAAGCUACGAAGGACAAAGCCGCGAAGGAAGCUAAAAAAGUAAAAGAGAAAGGAAGUGGGUUCUUCUCUGGAAUCUUUAAGGGUGCAAAACAUGCAGCUGAAGAAGUUUCCGAAGACGUCAAGGAGUUUCUUGACGAUACGAAAAAAGAGGCAGCUGAGGAAGAAGCCAAUGCUCGCGACGCAGCUGCUGAGAAGAUGAAAGAUGCCAAGGCAAUGACGGACAAAGCAGUAGCUCAGGCGGAAGAUGUUAAAGACAACGUUACUGCUACAGUAAAGGAUACCAAGGACACAGUUGGUGAGAAAGUCACUGAUGGAGUUCAGAAAGUGUCCGAUGCUGGUAGAAUUGUCGAAGAAAAACUUUCUGAUAGAGCUAAACAAAUUGAAGAUAAAGCAAAAGUUACAGUUCAGGAUGCUGCUGACGCUGCCAAAACUGCAAAGGAUAAAGUGUCCAAGGAGAUUAAGGAUGACGCUGAGGCGUUAAAAUAUAAUGUUUCUUCAAGCGCAGAUGCAGCUGCUGACAGUACAGAAGCCGCAAAAGCCAAAGCUGCAAAAGAUGCAAAGAAAGUGAAGGAAAAGGGUAGUGGUUUCCUCUCUGGUUUGUUCAAGGGAGCCAAGCAUUCUGCCGAAGACGUUUCGGAAGAUAUGAAGGAUUUCAUCGAUGAAACAAAGAAUGAAGCAGCUGAGGAAGAAGCUCUGGCUCGUGAAAUGGCUGCAGAAAGACUAAAAGAUUUUCAAUCGACCAAGGACAAAGCAAUAUCCGAUGCAAAACAUGCUAAAGAAAACUUGGAAACUGCUGCAAAAGACGCGAAGGAUGAAGUAACUCAAAAAGUUUCUGACGGAGUGCAGAAACUUUGUGAUGGUGGCAAAGCUAUUGGCCAGAAAGUUACUGAGAGUGCCACAGAAACUGCUGCUAAAGCUCAGUCAACUGCAAAGGACAUAGCUGAUACUGCAGGCGAAGCGACAGAUAAAGCAGUUGCAGGUCUAGACCAUGUGAAAGACAAACUUUCAUUUGUUGCAGUGCACACGAAAAACAAAGUAAGCGAGACAUUGUCGGACGGUCUUGAAAAGAUGUCCGAUGCUGGUAAAAGCGUAGGUGAAAAAUUAUCAGAUAGCGCUAAACAGGUGGAAGCAACAACAAGAGCCACAGCGCAGGAAGUGUCUGAUGGUGUGAAAAAAGCAAAGGAUAAGGCGGCGUCAGAAAUUAAAGAAGACGCGAAAGUGAUAAAGCAAAAGGUUUCAUCUGGCGUCGAUGCAGUUGCUGAUGGUGCAGAGGCUGUAAAAGAUAAAGCAGCGAAAGAAGCUAAAAAAGCGAAGGAAAAAACUGGUGGCUUCCUCUCUGGCUUGUUCAAAGGUGGCAAGCAUGCAGCUGAGGAAGUUUCUGAAGAUGUUAAAGAAUUCCUCGACGAAACUCGCAAAGAAGCAGCAGAAGACGGAGCAAAAGUGCGAGAAGCAGCAACGGAAACUGUAAAAGAAGCUGAAGCAGCAAAAGACAAAGCAAUAUCCGGCGUAGUGGAAGCUAAAGAAAAAAUGAUUACUGCUGCUAAGGAUGCUAAAGAUAAAGUAGGCGAAAAAGUAUCUGAUGGAGCACAGGAGGUGAUUGAUGCCAGUAAAGUCGUUGGUGCAAAAUUAUUCGAAGACGUUAAACAGGUUGAAGCCAAAGGGAAGGCUGCAGCGCAGAGUGUAACUGAUAGUGCCAAGGCAACAAAGGAAAAGGUUAUACAAGAAGUUAAAGAAGAUGCAGAAGCGAUAAAGGAUAAAGUAUCCUCAGGAAUUGACACUACGGCAGACACAGCAGAAGCAGCGAAAGAUAAAGCUGUGAAAGAGGCUAAAAAGGCCAAGGAAAAGGGCAGUGGCUUUCUCUCAGGUUUGUUCAAAGGUGCGAAACAUGCUGCCGAUGAUGUAUCAGAUGACGUCAAAGAAUUUGUUGAUGAAUCUAAGAAGGAAACGGCGAGAGCAAAGGAUAAAGCCCAAGAAAUAGCAAAAGACAAGUUGAAAGAUAUUGAAGCCACAAAGGACAAAGCAGUAGCGGGUGUUAAGACUAGUAAAGAAAAAGCCAUCACAACUGUGAAGGACGCUAGUAAUGUUGUCAACAAAAAAAUAUCUCACGAAGUUCAGAAAGCAUCCGAUACUGGAAAAACUGUUGGAGCGACACUGGCGGAGAACGUGAAACAAACCGGGGAUAAAGUGCAGGAUACAGCUAAAGGCGUAGUGGAUGGUGCCAAAACUGCAACAGAUAAGGCAUCAAAGGAAUUGAAGGAAAACGCUGAGGAGAUAAAGGACAAGGUUUCAUCAGGAAUAGGCGCUGUUUCCGAUAGUGUUCACACGACAAAAGACAAAGCUACGAAAGAAGCUAAAGAAGCGAAAGAAAAGGGUAGCGGCUUCCUCUCUGGUUUACUAAAAGGUGCAAAACAUGCGGCUGACGAAGUAUCCGAAAACAUACAUGAAUUCGUCGAUGAAACGAAAAAGGAAGCCGCAGAGGAGGAAGAAAAAGCACGAGAAGCUGCUGCGAAAGAAUUGAAGGACGUCAAGGCAACAAAGGAUAAGGUAUUAGAUAAUUUAAAAGAUGCCAAGGACAAAGCUACAGCUGUCGCAAAGGACGCCAAAGACAAAGUGAGUGACACAGUGUCUCAAGGAGUACAGAAAAUUUCUGAUGCUAGUAAAACUGUCGAAGAAAAAGUAUCAGAAACUGCACAGCAGGUUGAAGCUAAAGCGCAGGCAGCAGCUCAUGAGGUGACAGAAGGCGCUAAAGAUGCAAAGGAUAAAUUAUCUAAAACAAUUGAGAAGGACGCAGAGACAGUUAAAGAAAAAGUUGCAUCAGGAAUAGUUGCAGUCGCUGAUAGCUCGGUAACUGCAAAAGAUAAAGCCGCAAAGGAAGUAAAGAAAGCCAAGGAUAAGGGCAGUGGUUUCUUGUCUGGUUUGUUCAAGGGUACCAAAAAUGCUGCUGAUGAAGCGACCGAUGACGUGAAAGACUUUCUUGACGAAAUGAAGAAAGAGGCCGCGGAAGAACAGGCUAAAGCUCGAGAAGCCGCAUCAGAAAACUUAAAAAAAAUUGGUACAACGAAAGAAAAAGUAGUAACCGAUGUAAAAGAAGCUAAAGACAAAAUUUCCGCUACUGCAAAGGACGUCAAAGAAAAAGUAACUGAAAAAGUGACCGAUGGGAUACAAAAGGUAGCAGACGCUAGCAAAUCGGUGGGUGAAAAAGUUUCAGAAAGCACUAAACAAGCAGAAGUCAAAGCACAGGUAGCUGUCAGAGGCGUAGCUGAUGGUCUCAAAGAAGGAGCAGAUAGAGUGUCCAAAGAAGUAAAGGAAGACACCGUAGCAGUGAAAGAAAGAAUUUCUUCCGGGAUACAUGCUGCAGUUGAUAGUACUGAAGCUGCAAAGGACAAAGCCGCGAAGGAAGCUAAGAAAGCGAAGGAAAAGGGCAGUGGCUUUCUCUCUGGCUUAUUUAAGGGUGCCAAGCAUGCAGCUGAUGAGGUGUCCGAAGAUGUCAAGGAAUUCCUAGAUGAAACGAAAAAAGAAGCAUCGGAAGAACAAGCCAAGGUUCAACAAGCAGCAGCGGAGAAGCUUAAAGGUAUAGAAACAGCGAAAGACAAAGUAGUAGCUGAUGUGCAAGAUUCCAAGGAUAAAAUUGCUACUGCUGCAAAGGAUACAAAAGAGAAAUUGAGUAAUAAAAUUUCCGAGGGAGUUCAGAAGGCAUCUGAGGUUGGUAAAUCCGCCGAAGACAAAGUAAAAACGACUACUAAAGAAAUAGUAGAUGGCAUGGAACAAGCGAAGGAUAAAGUUGUCACGGAUUUAAGUCAGACUAAGGACAAAGCUGGAGGUGCACUAAAAGAUGCUAAAGAUGCAGUUACCGAAAAAGUAUCCGAUGGUAUUGAGAAGUUAUCAGAUGCUACUAAACUUGUAGGACAAAAGCUUUCGGAAACUGGUCAACGGACUGAAAUCAAAGCACAAGAGGUUGCCAAAGAUAUUGCCGAUGGUGCAAGAUCAACAAAGGACAAGCUAUCUGAGAAAAUUGAGGACGAUACUGUCGCGGUGAAGCAGAAACUUCAAUCAGGAUUGGAUGCAGUCGCUGAUGAAGCCGAUGUAGCUAAAGAUAAAGCUGCGACAGAAGCUAAGAAAGUUAAAGAAAAGAGCAGCGGUUUCCUGUCUGGUAUCAUUAAAGGAGCAAAACAUGCAGUCGAGGAAGUUUCUGAGGACGUCAAAGAGUUUCUCGAUGAAACGAAGGAAGAAGCGGCUAAAGAGGAAGCUCGUGCCCGUGAAGCAGCUGCAACAAAACUGAAAGAUGUCGAAACAACAAAAGAUAAAAUUAUUGCUGAAGUCAAAGAUGAUAAAGACACAGUUGCUACUACUAUGAAGGAUACUAAGGAUAAAGUCACCGAGAACGUAUCUGGUGAAAUUCAAAAGGUGAUCAAUGCGGGGAAAGCAGUAGGUGAAAAAGUCUCUGAUGGAGCUAAACAAGUAUCCGAUGCGGGGAAAGCUGUAGGUGAAAAAGUCUCUGAUGAAGCUAAACAAAUUGAACAUAAAACAAAAAGUGCGACUCAAGAAAUGGCUGACAGAACCAAGGCUAUAAAGCAUAAGAUGUCUAGGGAAAUUAAGGAGGACGUUGAGGCUGUGAAAGGCAAGGUUUCAUCAGUUGCAGAUAGUGCCGAAGCAGCAAAGGAGAACGCUGCAAAAGAAGCUAAAAAGGCUAAGGAAAAAAGCAGUGGUUUCCUAUCUGGUCUGUUUAAAGGAGCAAAACAUGCAACUGAAGAAGUUGUCGAUGACGUCACUGAUUUCCUUGACGAAACAAAGAAAGAGGCUGCUGAUGAGGAAGCAAAAAUGCGAGAAACAGCUGUACAGAAAAUAGAAGACACCAAGUCUACAAAGGAUAAAAUCGUAGCUGAUUUAAAAGACGGAGCAGACAAAGUUGUUGGUACUGCAAAGGACGCCAAGGAUGUAGUCAGCGAUAAAGUUUCUGGUGGGGUUCAAAAGGUUUCCGAUGCUAGUAAAACGGUUGGCGAAAAAGUAUCUACGGGAGCCAAACAGAUUCAGGAUGGAGUGAAAACAACAGCUCAGGAUGUAGUUCACAGAACAAAGGCUGCAGAAGACAAAGUGUCCAAAGAAGUUAAAGAGGAGACUCAUAUUGGAAAAGACAAGAUUUCAUCGGGCGUCGAGGCAAUUGCUGACAGUGCAGAAGCCGCAAAAGACAAAGCUACAAAGGAAGCUAAAAAAGCGAAGGAAAAGGGAAGUGGUUUCCUCUCUGGCAUAUUUAAGGGUGCCAAACAUACAGCUGAUGAUGUGUCCGAAGAUGUCAAGGAGUUCUUGGAUGAAACUAGGAAGCAAGCAGCGGCCGAACAGGCCAGAGUACGAGAAGAAGCUGCUGAUAAAGUAAAAGAUGUGGAAUCGAUAAAAGACAAAGCAGCAGCUGACCUUAAAGAUGCACGGGACAAAGUUUCAACUGUUGCAAAAGACACUAAGGAUAAAAUCAAUGAAAAAGUGUCUGAUGGAGUGCAAAUGAUAGCCGACACUGGUAAAAACGUUGGUGAGAAAGCUGCAGAAGGUGCUAAACAGAUACAGGAUAAAACAAAGGCAACUGCUCAAGAUGUAGUUGCUGGCGCCAAGGCAACAAAGGAUAACGUGUCCAAAGAAAUCAAAGAAGAUGCGGAUGCAGUCAAAGAAAAAGUUGCAUCAGGAAUAACUGCAGUUGCUGACGGUACAGCAGCUGCGAAAGACAAAGCUGCAAAAAAAGCUAAGAAAGCGAAGGAAAAAGGUGGUGGCUUUCUCUCUGGUCUAAUUAAGGGUGCAAAACAUGCAGUUGAAGAAGUAUCUGAUGAUGUCAAGGAUUUUGUUGAUGAAACAAAGAAGGAAGCUGCGGAAGAAGAAUCCAAAGCUCGUGCAGCCGCUGCUGAAAAAUUAGCAGAAAUCGAGUCGACAAAGGAUAAAGCUUUAUCAAGUGUGAAGGAUGCCAAGGAAAAAACCGCAAAUUUAGUUGCGGAUGGUGCAAGCAAACUUUCUCGGAAAGUAUCCGAUGGAAUGCAGAAGGUGUCGGAUAGUGGUAAAGCUACGGCAGAACAUAUAAAGGAAACUCCGAAACAGGCUGAAACCAAAGCAGUUACAGCUGUCCAUGAUGCAGCGGAUAGUGUAAAAGCAACAAAGGAUAACGUGUCGAAAGAAGUUCAAGAAGACGUAGAAACGAUGAAACACAAGAUAUCAUCUGGAGUUGAUGCAGUCGCUGAUGGCGCAAAAACUGCAAAAGACAAAGGCGCAAGGGAAGAUAAAAAAGCUAAGGAGAAAAGUGGUGGAUUCCUGUCUGGUCUUAUCAUGGUUGCAAAACAUGCAGCUGAAGAAGUGUCGGAAGAUGUCAAGGAUUUUCUUGACGAAACGAAGAAAGAAGCAGCAGAGGAUGAAAUCAAGGCCCGAAAGGCAGCUGCUGAAAAAUUGAAAGACGCUGAAGCAGUAAAGGACAAAACAGUAACUCAUGUGAAAGACGCCAAAGACAAAGUUGCCGCUACAGUAUUGGACGCCAAGGACAAAGUCAGCGAGAAAGUCACUGACGAAGUUCGAAAGGUGUCGGAUGUUGGUAAAGUCGUUGGUGAGAAACUAUCCGAUGGAGUUAAAGAAGUUGAAGACAAAACGAAAACGACAGCUCAACAGGUAACUAAUGGCGCUAAGAUGGCGAAGGAUAAGGUUACCAAGGAAAUUAAAAAAGAUGCGGAGAUCGUGAAAAGCAAGGUAUCAUCAAGUCUCGACACCAUUGCAGAUAGUGCCGAAUCGACAAAAGACAAAGCUGCGAAAGAAGCUAAAAAAGCAAAAGAAAAAGGUAGUGGCUUCCUCUCGGGUAUCAUCAAAGGUGCAAAACACGCAGCCGAAGAAGUCUCUGAAGACGUUAAGGAUUUUCUUGACGAAACGAAAAAGGAGGCAGCAGAGGAGGAAGCCAAGGCUCGAGAAGCAACUACGGAGAAGGUGAAAGAUGCUGAAGCAAUAACGGACAAAGCAGUAGCUCAGGUGAAAGAUGCUAAAAAUAAAGUCACUGCUACAGUAAAGGAUGCCAAGGAUAAAGUCAGUGAGAAAGUCACUGAUGGAGUUCAAAAGGUGUCCGAUGCUGGUAAAUUCGUUGGUGAUAAAGUCUCCGACGGAGCUGCGACAGUUGAAAGUAAAGCGAAAGCUACGGCAGAAGGCAUUGCUGACACUGCGAUGACUGUAAAAGAUAAAGUGUCUAAAGAAAUUAAAAAGGACACCGAUGCCGUCAAGGACAAGGUUUCAUCCGGAGUUAGUACAGUUGUUGAGAGUGCCGACAAUGCAAAGGAAAACGUCACAAAGGAAGCUAAGAAAGCAAAAGAGAAAAGCGGUGGAUUCCUCUCUGGUCUGAUUAAGGGUGCAAAACAUGCAGCUGAGGAAGUCUCUGAAGAUGUAAAGGAAUUCCUCGAUGAAACGAAAAAGAAAGCGGAAGAAGAGGAAGCUAAAGUUCGGGAUGCGGGGACGGACAAAGUUAAAGGUGUUAAAGACACGAAGGACAAAGCCACUUCUGCUGCAAAGGACGCGAAAGAUAAGAUCACCGAAGAAGUGUCUACGGGUUUGCAGAAAGUAUCUGAUACCAGUAAAUCCGCAGCGGACAAACUGGCAGAGAGUGCUAAGAAGGUAGAAGACAAAACAGAGGUCGCUGUUCUUGAAGUAGCUGAAUGUGUCCAAGCAGGAAAGGAAAAAUUAAAGGAUAGCAAUAUGUCGGUAAAGCAUAAAGUCUCAGCAAGCAUCGAUACUGUUGCUGACACCGCAGAAGCAGUAAAAGAGAAAGCUUCGAAAGAGGCUAAGAAGGCUAAAGAAAAAAGCAGUGGUUUCCUGUCCGGUUUAUUUAAAGGUGGAAAACAUACUGCCGGCGAAGUUUCGGAUGAUGUCGAGGAAGUUGUUGAAAAGACACAUAAAGAAACUACUAAAGUAGUCACUUUCUCGGAUCAGUUGCCCAAGUCUGUCGAACAGAAGGUCCACACGGGUGGUAGCGUCGAGAAGGGUGACAUAGCUAUGUUUUUAGAAGAUUUAAAACAAGACGCUGCAUUGAACAAAUCAUACCCUUAUGACAAUCAAAGGUUACAGGACUCUGACCAAAAAACUAAAAACUUAGCUGGUACAACCAAAGGAACCGAAAGUUCGGAAAGUGGAAAGGAUGUUACACCACAAGCUAUUGCAACUUCAGUUCCUUAUACCGGUCACCCAAUUUCUAGCACAGAUCCCGAAGUACAUGUUCGAUUAACCGACGGGAAUGUAAAAGAUGGAACUCGUCCUACCGAAAUGAAAUCACAGAAAGUAUCACGCAUUCCACAGAAAAUCAGCCCCCCUAGGGAUACAAGUGUUAGCCCUACUAGCUCGCUCGAUAGUUCGGUUAGGGUAGUCACGGUAUCUAGUGAAGUAGAGCACCUCGAGCCUCACACACGACAAACCGUCACCACAGUCGUAACAAAGUCUGUGCGGACGGCAGCGACCCCACCACCCAGUCUCGCCGAGUACACUGACAAUAGAAUCGAAGAUAUAACCGAAGAGGCCGAGAGACGAGCACAGAGUCUGGCCGAUCAAGCGUACACGAUGUCAAAAGCAGGGCAUGAUUCGGCUGAGAUUGAUGGGACUGUAGAGAGGCAUGCUACUUCUGCUCCAACAAAGCAACCUGUUCCCGCCCCGCGACAUUCCACCAGGUCGUCCAUCAAAGCAGACUUCCAUCUAGAUCUCAAAGAUACCUCGUACACGCCGUACAGUCCCAAACAUAAAACAACAGAACAGUCGAGACCGCGGGAUGAAGAGGAACGCUCGCCGGAGAAGAGCAGCCCAAAGAGCAAAAUACCGGUGAAAGUAAAAAAAUCCGCGGAGAACAAGAACACAUUGACGUCGACCGUUGAAUCUGACGCGCACAGGGCAACGAAAUCGGAUAAACCAGGUCAACCGGUAGCAACGAUAGGCUCGUUGGCCGUACAGAAAGCCAGGGACAAAACGCUCGACGAUUCGCCAGAAAAGUUACCCAAUGAGAAAGAACUACGAGACCCGGACGAUACUAAGGAGAAAGAGGAUUCGAUCAAGCCUGAACUAACCCCUGAAACGCACCGCGCCAGAAGUCAAAUAGCCACAUUCGAUAGCUCCUCUGUUCCCGAAACCAUAAAGAGAAUAGAUAACCUAACGUUAGCUACUAAAGAGGACAGCAUAUUGGAUCCAGAAAAAUCGAGUAGAACCGUGACAAGAGAGACUGUCGUGGAAUGUUCACCAAUUAUCUCGAAUCAAGUGACCCGCACAACGAUAUCAAAGACUGAACAAAACACAACGGACGAGGUAGUGUCGAACGAGACCGUGGUGAAGACUGUUACGACUGUACGGUGCAUCACGACAGAGUCUAUCGGCGCUGAACAAAUCCAGCAAAUAGUGAAAACGAUGACAACUAGCGGUAAUUAUGGCGACAUGCCGAUCGUUGAACAGAUGUCCCCGAAUGUAGUAAAGAGCAGCACCGAGCUGCCAGAGCCCUGGGCACACGAUAGUCUAAUGGAACGUUCGUUCCUGGGCAAUGAGAAGGCUGAGCAAUGGGAGAGCCAGCUCUCACAAGACACGUCGCCCGGUUCCGGAAACGGGGACAUUUAUCCAAAGAAUGGUAGCUCACGGAAUGAUUUAAACAGUGACACUGAGAGCGACGGUUCCCCGCAACCGAGAAGAAGAUCGCCGAGCAAGAGGCGUACGUUGGGCAGUUCCAGCGGGUCUGAUGUAGCACUGCACGAAGGUGCGGAGCUGUCCCCCUUGGAGGACGACCAAGAAUCUGACUUUUUGCAACAUAGCGAGCCAUCCUUCAUGGAAACGACAACGACAGAAGUGGACCCUGAAACACAGGAAAGAAUAACGAGAACUGUUACGCAAGUAGUCACAAUGACCAGCGGUACCGGCAGUGGCCCAGACGAAUUACGAGAUUCCAUGCAGAAGAUGGUCGAUCGAUUCAUGAUGGAGGAGAGGCGGGAUCAGUGAAGCGUCAGGUGUCUCAAAAGCGAUCACAGGAACGAAGAAGAAGAAGAAGUAUUGUUGAAAAUUCUGUAGCGCUAAUUCAACGAGACAAAGAGCCGGUUCCAGUUCGGCGCAUCCUCGAGCGCCGGACCGGAGCGUCCGUUCUCUUGUACAAAGAUCGGCAAAAGGAGGCCCUCUGUUCGCAUCUAUAUCUGUAAACGUCAAUGCGACCGUAUCUUAUUCUCGCAGUGCUUCUCCGUGGGGAGCACAGGAACAGAAAGCAUUCAUCACAAUUUACUGUCAUAGCUCAUGGCCUACGCUUCGAAUUUGCUUGCCUUUUGGUUACGUUCUGUUGCUUUAACGUGUUUACGUUCGAAACUUGCGAUCGAAUAGCGUACGUCAUUGCUAGUCCGGCUAGCUUGAUCCGCUAGUCCUCACUAAGCUAAACCCGUCCAUGUACAACGCCUUUCUCGUGUUGUUCAAAGCGAAUGAGAGUAUGGAUGAAGUGGAGGAGGAAGAAAAAUAGGAAAAGCGAGUAACGAAAAAGAUGGAGCUCGCAAUAAUAGCGUGGACGUUGCAGAACGGGCGACAGAUAAAUGCUCGUAUUGAAUUGCGGGCACGACCAACGUAAUGCCGGUAUAAAUAUAUACAUGUAUUUGUAAACGUUCCGCCGAACAAUGAAAAACGGUAUCGCGAGAAACGUGAUCGAUAAAUAAAUCUUAACGGUGACUUCGCUACACUCGCCGUCGCGGCAGUUCGUUUUAGCUUUAGAAUGAUUGUGUAUCUAUCCGCGCAAUACAUUCGCUUCAUAGGUCCUGCAACGCCACUUGAGUCGCAUACGAGACCACACACACCGGACACGCUGGAAAUAAAUAAAGAUUCUAAAAGAACUGGAAUCCCUGUUGCUAUUCGAGUCAACGAGAAUUUCAAGAUGACCGGCUAGGAUACGGCGGACCUCGGACGAGGUUGAUCCUUGCGCUGUUAUGCACCCCUCGAAUGGCAACAGGGAGUAAAUGUUUUUAUGAAUCAGAAAUACAAUGUAAAUUUAACUUAUUUAAAAAAAACACAAUAUUUCCUAACAAUUUUUAAUUGUAUAUAUAAUAAUUUCUUAGCGUAACUUAUAUAAAUGUACUAUUAUACAAUUGUAAUAAUUGCAAUAAUAUAACACGAAUAUUUUAUUUAUAAAGCAGAAUCAAUGGGACGAAUUGUUAGAGACGCAUAAAUCUUAAGAUCAGAGAGAAUGUUUAUUCAGCGAUCUGUCCUUCACGCGAUCGUGUAAAUUAUUGUGACAAUUAUAAAAGAUAAAUGGAAAAUUGAACAAGGAAAUCGGAAACGGCGCGACGAUUAUAGGGACUGUAUUGUUUAAUUUUCGACGUCCCGAAAGAAUACAUUUUAAUAUUUAAGCAGCAUUAGCUUUCAGUGUAUAACACAGUUUUAAAAGGCACAGAAAGGAAUCAUAUAGUAUGUAUUUAAAAAAAAGAACAAAUAUACUUUAAAUAAGGUAUUCUAUUAAUGUAUAAUAUAUUGACGAAAGAUAUGAUUAUGCAUCUGAAGUUUAUAAAUUAUUAUCUAUAAUGACUGUUAUUCUAUGUUUAAUAGACUUGCCUAGAGCCUAUCUGACCUAAGGACCAAAGGCACAAUCACACACGCAUCAAAAUAAAACAUUAUGCUCCCAUGUAUUG